CCACCGGCGAUUGUGGCUCGCUGGCUGGAAUUUUUGUCUGAAUUUGAGUUCACCAUAUUGUACAGGGCAGGUCGAUCGCACACUAACGCUGAUGCACUGUCACGCCGCCCUGACGCUUCGACGACGCUGUUCGUAGGGGCCGUGAACAACGACGUUGGCAACAUCCCCGCACCCCUCAUCCGCCGUUUCAACUGGCCGUGGUCAAGAUGGGAAACGGAACAGGAGAAGGACCGAGAUCUCGCCCAAGUAGUGUCCUGGCUAGGUAUGGACUCUCCGCCUUGCCCACAGGACAUGAUGGGUAGCAGUCCUGAGUGUUUGCUUUCUGCUUGGCAUAGAUAAGACCAGGACAACUGCGUACCAUCCACAGAGUGACGGUCUGGUUGAGAGAUUCAACCAGACGCUUGAGCGUGGCCUGGCGCACUAUGUCUGCCGGAAUCAUCGAGAUUGGGACAUCAAGUUGCCAGCCUUCUUGAUGGGAUACCGCUCGAUGCCGCAGACUAGUACCGGCUACAGUCCAAGCUAUCUGCUCUUUGGUCGGGAGCUAUGCCUACCUCAAGACUUGGCAUUUGGAUUACCGCCAGGAGCAGCAUCCGCAGUAGCGUCCCAGCCGGAAUUCGUGAGUGCUCUCCGCCGACGCCUGGAGGACGCUCAUGCGCAGGUUCGGGAGCACUUGGGCAACGUGCACCGCUAUCAAGCGCAUAUCCGUGAUCGUAACGCUAAGGCCGUGACGUUUGCAGCUGGUGAUGCAGUGUGGCUUCUGGUGCCGGCCAUUCCCACGGGUACAACCGCCAAGUUUUCUAGACUGUGGCACGGACCGUACCUAGUCGAGGAGAAGCUCUCCGCCGUCACCUACCGCAUCAAGCUGUCUGAGCCCACGGCACGUCGGCUGAUAGUGCACGUCAACCGGCUGAAAAGUUGUCAUCAUCGACCGAGUCGGCUGCAGGAGGUUCACGAACAAGAUGAGUCGGACCCACCGCAGCCCAUGGCAUCCACCCUGACUCCGUCCUACCAGCCUGAUGCCACUGAUGCCGCCGCCCGAGACGAGGAGGACACCGCUCGGGUAUUCGACAGUGCUCCGCCAGUUGGCGUGAUGGAAAGGCGAACCCCGCGUUCCCGCCAUCCACCUCAGCUGUUUGGGAGUCCCGUCUGGCACGAGUAAGGAUUUCAGUGGUAUUGACUGGAUUGGUUGUGGCCAAUAUUACAGCUAGUCUUUGAACAGUUUUUUUGAUCGGAACUCCAAUUUUGACCUGCACUCGUUUAGUUAAAUUGUUAGCCAUAAUCUUAGUCUAAUUUAUUACGUUACUUAUAACACGAGGACGUGUUCUUUUCCGUGUAAGCGAGGGGAUAUGUCGUAUCCAUACGAUUGGCACGUGCCUUUUAGGCCUCUACGGGACAAGUAUGCCUUAUUUAGUUGUUUUAUUAUUUAUCUAUCUCCCGUAAACGGGUUCAUAAUCGUCUUUAUUUUAUAUUUCCCCACAUGGCUCCCGCUCUUUAUGCAACAGUUCGUACGCAUAUUUAUUACGGUGAUACGCUAUUGCAUGCGGGACCAGCAAUCUCGUGGCCAUGGAUUUCCAUGGCCGCAACUAGAUCAUAUUGCCAUCUCCUUGUUUUUCUCUCUCUCUCUUGCCUUCCGCCUUCAGGCGGAAGCUUCGGCUUUCGUCUGUCUUGCCUUGUGCUCUCAUAUCGUCUCUUGAACCAAGUUAGCUCCUUUUGAAGAUGU